AUGGCCCAGCUGCAAUGUGAUGGAGCCUGUCCCGAUUGUAUUGGAACUUGCCAUAAUACUCCCAAUGGAGAGAUCUGCGAAUGCGAUGCCGACAAAACUGGAGAUAACUGCGAUUUGUGUUUAAUAAGGACCGGUUGGUAUGAUGGCGGAAACGGAUACCAGUAUGCCAAAACAGACACUCGGUCGAAUUAUAUUGGCACAGAGAAACAGUGCGAAAACUUUGGAGGUCAUCUAGCGUUUCGUGGAAUGCGGAAUCCAAAGGUAUAUAAUGAGAUCAUGGGAAGGUUUCCCAACUCAUACAUCGGUCUCAGAGCCAAAACAAUUGAUGGACUAUUUGCAUGGACUGAUGGAGAAAGUUAUGAUCGCACUUUUACACCAUGGAUGGCGGGAUAUCCGCAGUCAAUAAAAGAUCAUGAUUGUGGUUUUAUCCAAUCUUCAUCAGAUGGAGUCCGGAUACGAAAUUAUCCCUGUUCUAUCAUUGAGCAUGGAUUAUGCGAAGUGCCGAUUGGAUUUCCAGCUCCAGUAUUGAAAUUUGAUCCAAAAAAUUUCUGUCAGUACUCCAUCAUUCCACAUGCAUUCUAUGAUGUUAGCGAACGACUUUGUGAAGAGCAAGGAGGACAAUUAGCUACAAAAAUAGUCAAUGGCAUCGAUGGAAAUCGUUUGAAAAAAGUGAUGACUUACUUUCAUAAUCUUGGUUAUGGACUAGAAUUGGGUGUUCACGUCGGUUUCAGCAAAGAUAUAUCAACAUCGAAAUUUCGAUCUGACGGCACGAUUUUAUCAGUUCCGAAUUCUGCUGCUGAAUGGAAACCUGGGAGUCCGAGUGAAAACACUCAAGAAUUUCUGAUUGCAUUGAUAACUCCAGAUUGGUUUGAUUACGCAUGGAUGGAUGAUAGCGAUGGUUCUGAAUUGUUACCUGGUUUGUGUGAAUUUUGUGAUGGCGCUGGUGAAACCUCAAUAAAUCAAAAAUCAUGUCGAAGUGGGAAGGUGUGCCCCGAUCAUAACAUCUGUGUCGUAAAUGAAGGAAGCUGUUUUGAAAAAUGCAUUUGUGCGGAUGGGUAUGCUUUGGUUCCGGGAAGUGAAGCAAUCUGCGCUAAAGACGUGUGCGCUGGACGUGAUUGUGGUGAUAACGCUGUGUGCUUUGUUGAUAGCACUGGGUCUGUAGAAUGCAAGUGCCAAAGAGGAUAUGUGCCCGUAGGAACAGAUGCAGAGGGCUGUACUGGUCCGUGUAAUGGAAUUACUUGUGGCACAGCAGCUAGUUGUGUGAUUACCUAUGAAAGUGGAGCUCCAACUGGAAGAUGCGUUUGCAAUGAAAACUACAUACGGGAUCUUAGAGUUGACGAUGGAUGUAUACUGGACGAAUGCAGAAAUGGUGGCACAGUUACAUGUGGAGAUAAUGCAAUAUGCGCAGUGACAGAUUCCGCAACUAUGAUGCAAGGAUGUGUGUGCGAAGAGGGAUUUGGGUUCAGUUCUCCAGGCUCAAAUGCUUGUACGAGUUGCCCUCAAACUUCCUACACAUUUCCACUGAGAUCUACAGCGGAUUACGUCGUUGUCGAUUACGAUCCACCACAAUUGUCACAAGUAUCCUUAUGUAUGGUGAUAUCGCCAUCGACCACAGCAGGCGAAGGACUAAAAGGAGCUGUUUUCAGUUAUGCAACACCAGUUAACGCCAAUUCUUUCACAAUACAUUUUGAUACAACAACUAGACAUACAAUUUACUUCAAUCAUCCUUCAAGCACGCAGAGAAGCAUUAAUAUCGAAGUGACCCAAGCAACUCAUAUAUGCUUCCUCAUUUCUAAGCCAGACCAAUAUUUAAAAAUGUACAAGGAUGGGUCUUUGUUUGCUACACGUACAUACACCGACACCGACCCUCUUCCAGAUCUAACAGGAUCGUUAAUAAUAGGACAAGAACAGGACAGUGUCGGAGGUGGAUUUUCAACCAAUCAAGCAUUUGAAGGCCAAGUAGAGAACCUAAUGUUAUGGGAGCGGAUAUUAGGCACCACAGAAAUCUCAGAUAUGGCAGGUGACAAAUGCGUGUGCUCUGGAGACUUUGAUCUUGCCCUGACAUCUGACGUUGUAACAGUGAACGGAAAUGUUGUUACUUCUUAUCCUACUUGUUAACUUGAUAAAAAUUUGCAUUCAAAUUUACAUACGAAAUAAACAGCAAUAUUUUAAUAUGACAACCUUUAACCCGUGCCUAUGGAUAUAUUAUUUUUUCCGAAUCUGAUGCUAUUUAAUACAAUAUUAUAUGAUCGUUACUUUCUUCAAUAAUCACACCAACGUUUCCCAGUCGGAUAGUGAUUCCCUCCAAGGUGGAAUUAUACUUUGUUUUUCAUGUAAUACUACCAAUAUUAUUUCGUUUGAAUCUUUUUAUUGCUAUAAUACUUAUAUCUUCACCAAUUGAUAUACAGUUAUACACCCCAAUUAUUAAUGCCUGUUAAAUGUGCUUAAGCACCGUUUUCGCCAUGAUUUUGAAAGAAGCAAUGAUUAUAACAGGAAUAUUUGUAGAAACCUAUGUUUUUGAUAAGAAAAUGCAAUGGUGCUGUCAUUAAAAUAAUAUUGUAUUGGUACCUCGAUAAAGCGUAUAUAUGAUGACAUAUGCUUGAAACUUUUUAAUAUUUACGUUUUCUUACUAAGUUGAGCAAAGCCAUUGGUUCCUUGUGACCCAUACGAAAUAUAACAAACCCAUAUAAAAUAUAACCGCCCCAUAAGUGUUACAACCUGUGAACUCAUGGAAAUAUCGACGGUUUGGGUGAAUUCAAAUACAACAAUAUUAAUACAAUACAAUAAUAUUAUCCGAGUGUUAAAUCGACUAAAGAAGAAUUUUCACAUUUAUUCCAGAGAACGGAAAACCUGACAGGUAAAAAAUUUGAAUUCACUUUUAGUUUAGUGUAAAAUAUUUAUCAGCGAAAAUGGUAUCAAGUUACAGACCCAGUCGCCCUUACUGUACAUUGAUAGGUGCUUACCUAUGGCGGGUAACUGAUUCCAUUAUAACGUCAUAAUAUGCUAUGUGGCUCUGUUUUAUGUAAGUAAUGUAUCUUGCUUAUACAAUUAGCGCUUUGAUGACGAAGCGUUUUCCUAACACUUGUCUCUGAGAACCACCCUCAAAUGAUCGAUACGGCGAUAAGGACGCGGCUCAUCGUGAUAAGCGUUAGGAAUACGCUCGCCAUCGCACCUCUAAUUACUCCGAGUCUGUUCGCAAGUUCGAAUCCCAUGCGGGGAGGAUUAUGUGCGAGAGGAUUUCUGGACUCCUCGUCGCCGU